UAAGGGUGCCUUAUCUCCUGCUGGAUUUCCUCCCGACGCCAGAUUCAACACCAAGACACAGAACAAUGAGAUCCUCCAGUGCAACGCUGGGACGUCAGUUUGGCUCUAAGGGAGGACGAGGACCCUGGGACAAGAGAGCCAUCUAAAGGAGACCUCGAGUAUUUACUCGAGAAAUCGGAAAGCAAUUCAAACCUCUUUGUCACUUUCCUCUGUCAGUGAGGAUGAUCUAUGGACUCAGAUUUGUCAAAGUUUGUCGAUAACAUUUUUAGAUAAGUGUUGUGCCCAGUCGCUGUAACAAUGCAGUCGAGACGUAAAAAGUACAGCGUGGUGAACAGGGGCGGGGUGGCCCCUUCCCCCUUCGUGGACGGUUCGGCACCUUCAGGCAUUUCCAUGGGUGGUGGUCUAGACGUGCCAGUCGGACAGGAGUCUGGACUGAGCCCCAGAGUGAAUGGUUUGCUCAAUGAAGUCGAGGUCGUGGUGAACAAUGAGCCUGGUGCCUCUAGUUCUAUGCUGCAGCUGGAAUCAAGACUUCAGAAAAGAGAUGCGUCUUUUGCUGCUGGACGAAUCUCAACGUAGCCAGAUGAUGCACAAACUGGUCGUCGCUUUCCAACAGAAAGUCCUGCUCUGCUUUGACCACUUCAAACCUGAACUGACCUUGGCCUGCCUGAGAAUCCUCACUUCACUGUCAGCUCUAAAGCCUCACACGAAAAACAGGACUGUUGAAGACAGGCGAUCUUCAGAGACUGGUUCUAAGACGCCCGAGGUUCGGGAAGUCUUCUCUGAGCUUGACGUAGAGGAGGCGUUGAAGAGAGAACUCCCAAACUUCACAAUCUCUCGGCUGAGAUCCACAGUUCAGCAAGUACUACGUCGUGCUUCGCUCCGUCAGGACGGCUCGCUCUAUUUCGCUCAAGCUUCUCAGUGUGCGAUGGCAACUCGUAGUGUACAGUACUUUGUUUGGUUCUUUGACUUUAUGGAUUACUUGCAAGAACUUUACAUGAACUUCAACGAUAAAAUUUUCUCACCUUUGUACAAAUACUUUUAUGAUAACAACUUUCUCAUCGCUACGGGUAGGACUAAUACGAUGUCUUCGGCUUUCUCCAAACUGAGUCAGUUUUCUGGGAGUGAGAGCAUGAGCACGAUUGACGAGGCGGACUGUGACAGUGUAGGCGAUUGUGCUCAGCUUCAGAAACAGUCAAAAGCUUCGCUGCUUCAGCUCAGCAAGGAGUACAAAGACAUUAAGUCAAUCUAUGACACGUCGGACAUGGACAAAAUCGCUCAACGUUUGUCCUUCGUCAAAGAUCAGCUAGAGUACCUCUUUGACGAAGAGGACGAGAUCGAUCCAGAAUUCUACAGCGAAGAAAGUGGAAAGAUGGUGGAGCAUCUUGACAUGGACUUUGGUACUGAGAACCUCAUAAGGCUAGUACCAGACAUCUUAGUCAAGCUGAAAAAGGCGGCUUGGCUGGCCAACCGCUGGCUUGAUCUUGACGACCAGAGAACGAAAGAUGUUGGCGUUAAACUGGAUAAGUUAUCUGGCAUUGAGAAAAAAUUGAAGGAACGGUUAGCCUGUUUGGGAGACAACAUUGCCAGGGGUGAACGGAAGCUCGAAAGGGAAACAAAUGAGCUAAGUCGUUUGAUGGAGAAGGAAGGGCGUCCGGACAAACUGACCUUCAACGUGUUCAACUUAGAGAGCCAUAUCGAUAAACUGCGUAAAAAGCUGGAUAAGUUGAAUAAAGAAAGAGAAACCUUUGCCCCCAGACUGGCGGAGGUGGUAAAAAGUCGAAACCUGAGAGAAAUGCACAGACUUAAGUACUGUUUCGAGUCAAAUAAACUCCAACGUUUUCUGACUGAACGCAAACUGGCAACUCUGGGAUAUCAGCGAGACCUAAUAGCAGACGACCUGAAUGUGGAAAUGUACGUCCGGCCCAGUGUAAUCCACAGCACCAAUAAACUCCAGGACGACUGCGAGCGGCUGGAGCAGGACCUCCGUGACCAGAGGGACGAAUUGGUCAACAUCCGACAAGCACUGGUGCCCGUUCAGGAAGACAGAGCCAGCCUGAUGGACCGUGUGAGCCGGGAAAAACACCGAGAGGCACCGUGGCUGAACGAUCCUAACAACACGAAACUGAACAAUUUGCUGCUGUAUCCGGGUCAAGCGCUCUACGUAAGGAGUCUCCCAGUGGCUCACGGCGGGCGUCUUUCACGUCGGACCAAGCCAGGCUCGCGGCUGUCCGAUGUCAGGCGUUUUCCUGUUGACAAUAGCAGACUCAUGAGAACUCUCAGUCCGCCACGGUGGUGAAUACUACGUGCAUCGUACAUGUACUUUCUUUUCGAGGUUAAUAAUACGGGCGUUUCUCCUUGAGGUCGACAACAAAUAAUUUCCUCGGGAGUCCUCAGUCUUGGGUUUUCUUUUCAGUUUAGAGCCAAGGAUCAAUCACAGACUUUUGGUGUCAGCUUGGAGGUCUUGUAGCCAGGAAAGAUUAAAUACACAAUGACAGUCCAGCUCUUUUCAGGAGGCUUAGAAAAAGCUUCCCAUUCACAAAUGGAUGACAAAAAACUUCCAAUGUAAGAUAGAUCAUGUAUUGUUCGCUUAAUAACUAAGAACUAUACAUAGGCCAGAGACCGUUCUUAUCGAAUGAUCUGGCUGUGUGGACCCAGAUCGGCAACUGGCUGUGGAAUAUUACAGAAUAAGCAUAUAUUUUCCUGUUUUUGCAUCUCCCCCUUAAAAAAAUGUCUUAUUGUUUUCUCUGGUUGUACACGUCUGUUUCUGUUUGUAGGCCUGUACUUACAUGCUAAAGUAAUCAUCUUUUAAAAUAUUCUUUUUCUAUGACUUGUUUAUAAUCAGCCUGGUAACCUAUCUAACAGUCAUUGUUUAUUUGUCUGAGACAGUUAAUGUAGUCUACUUUUUUGUCUUCUUUUGUAAUUUGCCACGAGUUACAGCAUUCACGUACGUACAUCCAUUGUAACAUCUAAGGCGGUAAGCUGAAAGAAAAUCAAGUUGUAUCAGCCAAAUAUUUAUAGACUGGCUCUCCUACUUAUUGUCCACUUAAAUACUUUACCAAUCAUAAUGUAUGAUUUCGUACAUGUGUGAAUUUUGUUAUCAAUUUAAAUUUUAUCAAUUUCUUAACCUGGCCUCAUUAUGACAUCUAUUGUUGAUUUGAAAUAACGAUCACUCAUCCAUAGAGACUUGAUGAAUUUAAGAACAGUAUCAAAUUGUUUAUUCCCUUUUUAUGUUAAUGAGUAUGCUAUACAUUUAGCGCUGAAACUAAAUUGCACUCUCGUUGUCAUACAUCAUGCCCAACAAAAUUCU